AUGACGCUAGAGGACAAAAUGCAGCUCAAGGGUGUCCUCUACAUUUUCGGCGGUUAUCCGAGCAACUUGAAAAUCCUGCAGCUCGAAUCUGGCUGCACUUUCAGAAAGCUCCCCACAUCCCUUCCUCUCCCCUUCGAAAGCUACUACGGCUCAACCGAAUCGAUCCGCGAUAAGGUUUUUCUAUGCUUCGGAGGUGGCGGCUCAACCAGGAAUUGCGCGACAUGGGAUGGUUCUAGAGCAACGGUUUUGGAGGCUGAAACACAUGAGACACUCGACUCCGGGACUCUCUCUAGGUUUAAACUGAACACAGUGAAAGGCGGAAGCUACUCAAGCUCCACGACAACGGAAAUUCUUCAAGCCAAUUCUUGGUACCAAUUUGAGACAUCUAGCCAUCCAGUAGGACAUGAAGAUGGAUAA